AUGAAUAUCCCAUCAAGAUACAAGAAAAUCGUCUUAAAUGAUGCACCAAGUAAAGAAGUUAAUUUGAAAUACGGUGAAGACUCAUCCACGUUCAGAAUUGAAGAAACAACUUUAGAUGAGAACUCAGUUAAAGAUGGAGAGAUGAUUAUUAAAAUGUUGUACUUUUCUAACGAUCCAGCCCAAAAAGGAUGGAUGCAGAAAGGACUUGAUUCAGAAAGAAUGUAUUUACGACUUCUAGAAAAUGACCCAAUUAUUACGUUAGGUUUAGGUGAAGUUGUGUUUUCUAAAUCGAGCAAAUUUUCGGUUGGUGAUAAAGUGACGGGUCAUUUUACAUGGGAGGAGUAUAUAGUCGUCAAUGAAGAAAUCAUGAGAACAAUUGACGAGUCAUUAGGUUUACCUUUAACUUCGUACUUGUCUUCUGUUGGUAUGACUGGUUUAACUGCAUAUUUCGGGCUCACCAAGGUCGGUGAAUUGAAGAAAGAACAAGCAAUUGUUAUUUCGGCUGCUUCUGGUGCUACUGGAUCCAUGUGCGUUCAAAUUGCCAAACAUAUAGUAGGGGCGUCUAAGGUUAUUGGUAUUUCCAGCUCUCCAGAAAAAUGUAAGUGGGUUGAAUCUCUCGGUGCUGACGUAUGUGUUAAUUAUAAUGACGCAGACUACCAGAAACGAUUACUACGUUGA